UUUUAUCAUAACUUUCCCAAAAUCUUCUCUUCCAUCGCUGUACCGGUUUCCAUCUCAAAUCCCGGGAAUUGAAUUGUUUCUCUGUCGGAGAAUCGUCAUCGACCUCUGUUACUUCUCUCCGCCUCUCGUGGCCGUCCCUCUGUUCACCUUUGCCGAUCCCAUUUCUCCUUCCUUUCAAUCGAAACUCCCUUCGAUCCGGUGUUCUCUCUCCUACUGAUCUACGAUUGAGCUUGGUUAGCCUUAUGUAUUAGGGCUUUUCUACGCAUCUUGUAUGCCGAGAUUGGAUCGCUUUCUUCUGUGCUUUUUGAUGCGGAAAACUUCUGGUCACUGUCUUCGCUGCUAGAUUUCGGAUCAUCCUCCGUUUUCAAAUGGCAGCGCCAAGGCCGACGGGGAGCCAGGAUCUGUUCGAUACGUAUUUCAGGAGAGCAGAUUUGGAUGGAGAUGGUCAUAUCAGUGGAGCUGAGGCCGUCGCUUUCUUCCAAGGCUCGAAUUUGCCUAAACACGUCCUCGCUCAGGUAUGGUCCUACGCAGAUGCAAAAAAGGCUGGUUACCUUGGUCGAGCGGAGUUUUAUAAUGCCCUGAAGUUGGUAACAGUGGCACAAAGUAGACGGGAAUUAACUCCUGAGAUAGUGAAGGCUGCAAUCUAUAGUCCUGCUUCAGCCAGUAUCCCUGCCCCCAAAAUAAAUCUUGCUGCAACACCCUCUCCGCAGCCCAGGGGAGUUGUGCCUGCUACACAAGCUCAGGGAGCUACAUCAGUGCCAUCAGUAGCGGCUGGUAUGAGAGGAACUCAAAUGGGUGGAGCUGUAAGCACUAGUAACCAACAAGUAGUCCCGGGCCAGCAGAACCAAUUUACCGGGCUACCUCCAUCUCAACCACAGCAAAAUUUUCAAAGCCAGGGUAUGCCAGCGGGAAGUACUAAUUUGCCUCGUUCUGCAAACCAACCUAUGCCAUCUAAUUUGCUCAGUGGUAGAAGUCUUGGGCCCUCUGGGCAAGUGAAUUCUCAAAUUCCUACGAGUCAGAGUGCAUAUGGUUUGACAGCACCCAAUUCAGUUGCCAACCAUAUAGCAAAACCGCAUAUGACACCUGCAGUAAUAAGCUCUACAACAGCUAGACCUCAAGAAUCAGCGCCUGUGCACAAGCCCCAAGAUUCAUCUGCUCCUUCAGGUACUCGUGCUCCAGAUGCUCCAUCUAAUCAAUUGGCCUCAGGAAACGGAUUUUCCUCUGACUCGCUUUUCGGAGAUGUGUUUUCAGAUGCUUCCACACCGCCAAAACAACAUACCACGGCAACUACAUCGACAAUGGGCAUCUCAUCUGUUUCUUCCGGAACUGUCGUGGCUCCUGAGGUUGCACAGUCUGUAGUUAGGCAAAGUUCAAUCCCACAACAAGGUUCAUUCAGCCAGCAUCCUGUUGGUGUUCAGAAUCAGCUUACUGGAAAAUUAGGGCAGCCAUUUGUUCCCUCCGGUGCAGCUUCUGGUACAACUGUCCCUUCUGCUGGAGUUGGAAUUUUAGCUUCCAGUCAGAUGACCCAGCGCCAAUCCCAGCCUCAACCCCAUCACCAACCCCAAGCCCAGCCCCAAGUACAACACCAACCCCGGCCCCAACCACAACACCAACCCCAUCCCCAACCACAUCAACCCCAGCCCCAUUCCCAAGCCCCUUGGCCAAAAAUGACUCCAGCUGAUGUCCAAAAAUAUACCAAGGUUUUUGUGCAAGUUGACACUGAUAGGGACGGAAAGAUCACUGGGCACCAGGCUCGGAAUCUGUUCUUAAGUUGGAGGCUCCCGCGAGAGGCAUUGAAGCAGGUAUGGGAUUUAUCUGAUCAAGAUAAUGAUAGCAUGCUCUCCUUGAGGGAGUUCUGUAUUGCGGUCUAUCUAAUGGAGCGUUAUAGAGAGGGCCGACCUCUUCCCCCAGUGUUCCCAAGCACUAUAAUAUCUAGUGAGAGCAUGUUUACGCUUCCUGGCCAAUCUGUGGCACCACAUAGCAAUGCAUCCUUGGGACAUCCACAUGGUUUCCAACAGCAACACCUUCAUGGGGCCUCGAGACCACCAGCUAUUCCCAAAGGAAAGCCUCCGAGGCCGGUUCCUCUCUCUCCUAGUGAGGGAAUGGUCCAGCCCACUCAGCCAAAGCGUAAAAUGCCCGAGUUGGAAAAAAACCUUGUGGAUCAACUUAGCAAAGAGGAACAAGAUUCCCUCAACUUGAAGUUUGAAGAAGCAACUGCUGUUGAUAAAAAGGUGGACGAACUUGAAAAAGAAAUAGCUGAUUCCAAGCAGAAAAUUGAGUUCUUCCGUGCUAAGAUGCAGGAACUUGUUUUAUAUAAGAGCAGAUGUGACAACCGGUACAAUGAGAUCACAGAGAGAGUCUCGGGUGAUAAACGUGAGCUUGAAUCUCUAGCAAAAAAGUAUGAGGAGAAAUAUAAGCAGUCUGGCAAUGUAGGCUCUAAAUUGACUAUUGAAGAGGCCACAUUCCGCGAUAUACAGGAGAAGAAAAUGGAAUUGUACCAGGCAAUAGUCAAAUUUGAAGAAGGCAAGCUUGAUGAUAGUGUUGUUAAGGAGCGCACUGAACAUAUCCAAUCAGGCCUUGAGGAACUGGUUAAAAAUUUGAAUGAGCGCUGCAAACAAUAUGGAGUACGUGGCAAACCCACUUCGCUGGUGGAGCUUCCUUUUGGUUGGCAGCUUGGAAUCCAGGAAGGUGCUGCUGAUUGGGACGAAGAGUGGGAUAAGCUAGAGGAGGAAGGGUUUGCCUUCGUCAAGGAGCUUACACUUGAUGUCCAAAAUGUCAUAGCCCCACCAAAGGAAAAAACAUCUGCUUGGAGGAAAGAAGUUAACGUCUCUUCAAAAGAAGGUGAAGACGUUUCAUCCUCAGAUGUUGAGUCUAAAACAGAGAAAAAGCCAAGCAGUGGUGAAGAGGGUUCUAAGAAGGAUCCAGCAUCUGAACAUUCAGAAGGUAAAACAGAUAGAAACGGAUCUGUGGACGACUCUUAUGUUAGAAAGGGUAAUGAAGCUGAUGGUUCACCCCAGACCAAAGAUACGAGAAGUGAAAAUGGCCAUGAUGAUGGUGAAUCUACUGCUUCUGCUGGCAAAUUUGAUUAUGACUCUCACGAUGAGACAGAUUCAGUUUCAAGCUUCAACCCUGACAACGGAAAGGACAAAGAUCGUGAGAAGCAUGAUAGUGGCUUUGGAUUCGGGUUCGGAUUCGAUGACUUCAGCAUUAAGCCUAUAAAAACGGGUUCCACCCUUUCAAGUGACUUCCUCCCUCCUAAGUUGUCCAUAUUUUCUGAUUCCGUCCCAAGCACCCCGGCAGAAGCAAACGACGCUUUCAUUGCAAAACCUUCCUUGUUUGCUGACUCUGUCCCGAGCACCCCAGCGACAACCACUGCCUCUUACGCAGGCAACAAAUCAUUCUUUGAUGACUCGGUUCCUAGCACUCCUGCUUACCCAGGAAACUUGUUUCCGGAGAAGAAAUCAUUCUUCGAUGACUCGGUUCCAAGCACUCCUGCUUAUCCCGGAAACUUGUUUCCCGAAAAGAAAUCAUUCUUCGAUGACUCUGUCCCAAGCACUCCUGCUUAUAGCACGUCAGAUUUUGGUGGGAAGCCAUUUGCAUCAGAGACUCCUCGUUCAGACAACUUGUUCCCAGGAAGAAGUCCCUUCAUGUUCGACUCUGUCCCAAGCACACCUGCUGCACACGACGACUUCUCUUCCAACAGUUUCUCCCGCUUCGAUUCAUUCAACAGCAACAACAACGACGCUUUCUCUCUAUCCCGCACAGACUCGAUGCGCAGCACAAGCGAGCCCGACCCAUACGCAUCCAGGUUUGAUUCUUUCAACUAUCAAAGAUAUGAUUCCUUCAAUGCACAAAGCUUCGAUUCAUCUAGCAACAACUACACAUCCGAGACACCUAAAGCCUCAUUGACGAGAUUCGACUCAAUCGGAAGCACCAGAGACUCUGAUUACAGUCACGGAUUUGGGUUCGAUGACCAUGACCCGUUCGGUUCUACGGGACCAUUCAAAUCAACGACAACUACAGCAGAGACACCACGGAGUUCUGAUCACUGGAAUGCCUUCUAGCCCCAAGCCCACGUGUGAUACGAGUAUGAUCACAUUAUCAUAUAGUCGGAAGAGUCCUUUGUAUUUCGUUUGUUUGGUUUGCCCUCUGCUUGCUUCUCUCAUUUUUAUUUGUUAAUAUAUAAUAGUUCUUUUACCAAUUUUUUUUUUCGGGUUCUUCUAAGGAUUCAUUUUUUUUUUAACGAGUGUCCUUUUGGUCUCCGAGUAGUGUUUCUUUCUUUGCUCGUUUUGUUAUGAUGAAUAAUGAAUUUUUAUGUCCCUGUGGAACAAAAAAUUACAUUGUACCUUUGUAAUCGUAUGGAUAAUUUUCAGAUGUUUGUUAUAUUAGAUUGAUUGGUAUU